UGCGAUUGCAAAAGGAGGGUGACGAAUGGAAUAUGGUUGUCGUGUUAUUGACGAGCACUCGACCAUUGCCAUUUGCAAUUCUGCAGAAAUUUUGCGGAUCGAUCAGGCAGUCUUUUUUUUUUUUCCGCUUUUUCCAGCUCUUCCUGUUCUUGCACCUGUCAUGUUCCGGAAUCAAUACGAUAACGACAUUACGACUUGGUCGCCGCAAGGGCGCAUCCACCAGAUAGAGUAUGCCAUGGAGGCCGUCAAGCAAGGCUCCUGCGCAGUCGGCCUCAAGUCCAAGCAGUACGCCGUCAUUGUCGCCCUCAAGCGCUCCUCGUCUGAGCUCUCGGCGCACCAGCGCAAGAUCUUCAAGCUCGACGAUCAUGUUGGCAUUGCCAUCUCGGGCCUCACCUCUGAUGCCCGCGUCUUGAGCAAAUUCAUGCGAAACGAGUGCCUCAACUCGCGCUACGUGUUUGAGGCCCCGCUGCCAGUGUCUCGCCUCAUCUCGUCCGUUGGCGACAAGACUCAAGUGUGCACGCAGCGCGCUGGUCGACGACCAUACGGUGUCGGUCUUCUUGUUGCUGGUUUUGACGAGAGCGGAACGCACAUCUACCAGACUUGCCCGUCAUCCAACUACUACGAUUGCAAGGCCAUGUCGAUUGGCGCACGAUCGCAGUCAGCCAAGACGUACCUCGAGCGCCACUUUGAGGAAUUCACGGACGCCGACAAAGACACACUUAUUCGCCACGGCUUGACCGCACUCCGCGACUCGCUGCCAAGCAACACAAAGCUGUCACAGAAGAACUGCUCGGUGGGCAUUGUCGGCUUUGACACGGCCUUCACCAUUCUUGAGGAAGACGCCCUGUCGCCAUAUCUCAGCGUCUUGGACGAGGCCUCCUCCUCUUCCUCGGGCCGCGGUGGUGCCGGCUCUGGUAACGCUGCUGCCAUGGUCACGGACGAGCCUGCUGCCGGUGCUGGUGAGCCCGAGGUGACCCCAGCAGAAGCGAUGCCUUCUGCCGAUGACUCGCAGCCACCCCAAAGCGAGGCCAUGGAGACGGACCAUUAACACCCACGCAAAACCAAGCCUCUAUGCGAUGCACUACCCAACGGCAGGCGGCAGUCGGCAGUGUGAUUUUUGUUGGAUGCACCAGAGCUUUUUUUUUUUUUUGGUGUGUGUGUGUGUGUUUGUUGAAGCGUGUGCGUGUUUUACCAUUUUGUCAAAGUAUUUCUCCCCGUUGUG